UAUUCAACACACACAGAUAGCUGUUGAAUAUUUCAGCAAGCAUUUCUAUGCUUCAGUUGCAGCUAAAAUAUUUAGGACCACAGGAGAGGAGGAGUUAGAAGGAGGUGGGGCUAUAAGAGGAGGGAUGCUGCCACAGUGUUGUUGCUGCAGUAACAGAGAGGAAGGAAGCUGCUUUUGUGUGUGUCCUGCGCAUGCGCACUGAGGGGUCUGAGGGUGGAGCCGAUACUAAUCCCUCUGCCAUUCUGUGUUCGCUAUGUGCAGCUGCAGUUGUUAGAUAGACGCAAUAUGCGUUAUACAUGUGAAAUUGGUCCACAAUAAGUAAGCCAAUCCAGGGCUGUGCUCAGUUCUAUGGUCAUGUUCAGCACCAGAAAGACCUGGGACCUCGACUGCAGCCCCUGUUUUCAAGAGCUCUGGCAGAAAAACGUUUCCUUGGACACAAGCUCAGUGAAGUUCCUUAUGAGCGAUAGUGAUGAUGAUGGCUCUUUUAUGUCACUUCCAACUGCUGCCUCCCUGCAACGCCAAUCUCUGACUUCAGAGCUGAGUAACAAAAACACAUCCAACCAGCAGCAUCUAAUUCAGUUCUGCAGAGACUCUGAGGCACUUGCUCAUUGCCUUCUUCCACAACAGCAGAGUGUUCAGCAGAGAUUGUGUGAACAAGGUCUCGGUGAAGAUGAACGAGUCAGUGGUGUGGAGGAGGAGCAGCAGCUGAUAGCCCAGACCAACGGGGAACGUUCUUACAGUAAACUCGUCAGCCCUGACGAAAAGCUGACUACACGGCUGCGCGCAAAGGUGGAAGAGCUGGAGGUGAAGCUGUUGGAUCGGACGAGGGAGGUGGAGAGACUUCGCUCAGAACUGGGGGCAACAGACCUGGAGAAGCAGCUGGAGCUGUUGGUGGUGGAAAAUGAACAGCUAAAGCAGCAGCUAAAGUCAUGGAGGUGUUUGGAGCCACAUAACAUUGAUGCUGCAGCCAAGACGUGCAACUGCAGCCACUGCCCUUACAGCCAGGAUGCCGAAAAAAUGCGGAGGGAGUUGCUCCACUCGAAGAGUCAGUCACAACAAAGGGAGAGGUCACUGGCUGACCUGGAGCAAGAUAUGCCAAGAAAAAGCCCCAGAGUGGACUCUCUCAUGUGGCAGCUGCAUGACUCCACCCAUCAGCAGGAGGACUAUGGGCAGUGGCAGGGGGAAGCUGAGCAUAAACCCACUUUACGAUCGAAACAGUGCGAGCAAGAACUAGCCAGACAAGGAGCAGCACCCCCUAGGGUUGAGUUUGUGACUCAAACGGUGAAAGCAGACCCAACUGACUCACACAGAGCUCUGGCUGAGGUGCAGACAAAGAAUGUUGCCUUGCAGGAGCAGGUCUCAGGCCAGAGACAGCUGCUUAGGGAGCUACAGACCCAGCUGCAUGAGUCCCAGAGAAACUGUGCUCAGCUAAGGACACAGAUCUUGGUGUAUGAAGAAGAGCUGCAGCGGGCUCAAGGUCAGUUGGAGGUAGAGAUGCAGAACCUGGAGGAGGAGAAGAACAAAGUUAUCGAGGAGGCAUUUAUGCGAGCUGAGAGCCAGAUGAAAGCCGUCCACGAAAACCUGGCAGGUGUUCGAAUAAACCUUAUGAGUCUGCAGCCCGCACUAAGAACCCUGACCUGUGACUACAACUCAUUGAAGAGACAGGUGCAGCACUUUCCCUAUAUGCUGGAUAAAGCCAUCACUGAAGCCAAGCAUGAGAUUUGUCAGGUGAUUAGUGAGGUUAGCAGUACUAACCAGGAGCUGCUGCUUAAGUACAAGAAAGAGAUGAACCUGAGAAAGAAGUGUCACAAUGAGCUAGUUCGACUCAAAGGGAACAUCCGUGUUUUCUGCCGAGUUCGGCCAAUCAGUCAAGAUGAAAAGGACGCCGCUGAUGCGAGAAUUCUGCUGAGCUUUGACUCGGAUGACGACAGCAUCCUCUACCUAUCGAGCAAGGGCAAAGUAAUGACGUUUGAACUCGACAAAGUGUUCCCUCCCCAAGCCACACAAGAGGAGGUGUUUAAGGAAGUGCAGUCUUUGGUCACGUCAUGUAUAGAUGGCUAUAACGUCUGCAUUUUUGCCUAUGGCCAGACAGGCUCAGGGAAGACGUACACCAUGGAGGGUGAGACUGACAAUCCUGGCAUCAACCAAAGAGCACUACAUCUGCUGUUCUCUGAAGUUAGAGAAAAAGCUCCUGACUGGAACUACAAGAUUAAAGUCAGCAUGGUGGAGAUUUACAAUGAAACACUACGCAACCUGCUGAGUGAGAGCUCUUCUGCCAAACUGGACAUUAGAAUGAAACCUGAUGGCAGCGGGCAGCUCUACGUCCCAGAACUGACAGAGUUCCCUGUGCAAAGCCUUGUGGACAUCAAGCAGGUCUUCGAGUUGGGUCGUAUGAAUCGAGCAACAGCCUGCACCAACCUAAACGAACACAGCUCCCGCUCACAUGCCCUGCUCAUCAUCACAGUUUGUGGAUUAAAUAUCACCACCGGGGACCGCACGCAAGGUAAGCUGAACCUUGUGGACCUGGCAGGCUCUGAGAGGAUCAGUAAGUCCGGGGCUGAGGGCACGCGCCUCAGGGAGGCUCAGUGUAUCAACAAAUCACUUGCAGCUCUCGGCGACGUGAUCAAUGCCCUGCGGAGCAAGCACCCUCACGUUCCGUUUCGAAACUCUCGUCUCACGUACCUGCUGCAGGACUCGUUGAGUGGAGACAGCAAGACGCUAAUGAUGGUGCAGGUUUCUCCUUCACCCAGCAACACGAGCGAGUCUCUGUGCUCGCUCAAGUUUGCGCAACGUGUCCGAAGCCUGGAGCUCAGCUCUGCGUCUGCUGCCUCCAGAAAACAUGAGAAUUUGUCAACGCCCUCCUCGCCUACUCAUGACCACACCGAGGUGGACUCUCCUCCGGUGACUCCAAUACCUUUGCCAAUCUCUCGUGCCAGCAGUGCUGGCACCACACUGUCUUCCACCUCCAGAACUUCCAGUGGUUCUCGCAGGAGGUCUCAGUCCCAGGUGCCAACAGACAUACAUAUAGACAAAGCCUUCUCUUUGCUGAGGGACGGUGAGCAGGACAACUAAAGGUGAAAAUGUAAGCUAGAAUUCGGACCUUCUGACAAACCAGCUCAUCUCCGCUCUCUCUCUCGUAAAAAGUACCAAAGACUGAUGGGAACUUUUUAAUGGCAAGAUGAUAUUAGACGUUCGCUGACACUUUCCUCGAGUGAAGUUUUUACUCACCCUCCAAAUAUAGUAUAUGCUUUUUCCACUCACAGUAUUCCUUUUGUCACAUUGUACUUUAAUUGUUUUAAUUAUAAUAUAUGGAUAAAGUGGUUUAAUGCUGAAGUUCAAUAUGGUGUUUUUUUUUUUUUUUUAUUUGCUUUUGUUACCAUAGAAGGAUUUAGACCACGAAAUUCAUCAGUCAAUUCUGAGGUGCUUAUUUUUCAGGUUAUUUUAAAAAAAAAAAAAUUAAAAUUGAUUAAGAGACUUUGUUUAACUUUUUUUUGUUUUUUUUUUAAAUCAAGGUUCUACAUUUUAUUGUUUCUGUAUCAGACGUACUGUUGUGUUUUUUGUUUUUUUUUUAUACUCUGUUUGCUUUUUCUGCAAAUUCCUUAAUCUGGAGAGGAAAAAAUGAGACGCCUGCGUUAAGCAGUCUCAUCACACACCGAACAUAAAUGUAAGUAACCAUGUGUGACCUUUGACCUCGUCAGUGGUGUAGAAACAAAUACAGGGAGCAGGAGCAACAUGGCAAAAGUGUACAUUUUUGACAGUCUACAUUUUUCCUACUCGUUUCAAUAAACUCUCAAACCAUUUUCUGUUCGACCUAAUAGAUGUGACUUAAACAAAUAGUAGUAAUACAAAAAUAGUAGUAGGACUAAAUCAUUUCUAAUGUGCAA